AUGUCACGCAGCCGCCAUUUCCCAUCUAGCCAUACGCACACUCUGAAAACCCAUAAUGGCCCCGUCAACACCGUGACAUUUUCCAGUUACCCAGGAACAUACGUCCUGACAGGUUCGACUGACCGCGCUAUACACUUGUCGCGGGCUCUACCAAGCUCGAAUACCCAGUCGCUCGUCGAAACUAUCCACCCCAUCCAGAAAUACGAGGCGCAUGGGUACUCGGUACUUGAUAUCGCCGUUAGCUCGGACAACUCACGUUUUGCCAGUGUAGGAGGCGACAGACAGGUUUUCCUCUGGGAUGUUGAACAGGGGGCUACUGUGAGAAGGUGGUCCGGCCACUCGAGCCGUGUGGAAGCCGUGCAAUUUGCCGGCGAAGAGGAUUCCGUAGUUGUCACAGGCAGCGCUGAUACUACGAUUAACUUAUGGGACGCGAAAUCCAGCUCGUACAAGCCCAUCCAGAGCUUGACCGAAGCCUCCGACACAGUCUCCUCGCUCCACGUUCACAUGCCCAGCUACUCGAUUGCCAGCGGAAGCUACGAUGGCAGAGUACGAAUAUAUGACCUCCGCAUGGGCCGUACCACCGUAGACGUCGUGGCUCACCCGGUCACCAGCGUUCGUUGUUCAGCCGACGGCAAUGCGGUUCUCGUUUCCAGCCUGGACGGCACGAUCCGGAUGCUCGAUCGCACAGACGGAAAGCUACUAAAAUCCUACGGCGGAGAGACACAAGUCAAUAAGUUCGGAGAGAAAUACUUGAACAAGUCGCUUCGGAUCCGCUCCGUGUUUGCCAGAGCGGACGCUGUCGUCCUCAGCGGAAGCGAGGCUGCAGAUAUGGGAGCCAAGGACAAGAGAAGCCAAGCGUCUGUAUUUGCGUGGGACGUGCUGAGCGGCAACAUCGUCGCGACUAUACCUGCUGGAGCAGGCGUCAAAGUCGUAAGCUGCGUGGCGUGGAAUGAGAAAGCACAGUGCUGGGCCGGCGCCUGUGCCGACGGCACGGUGAAAGUCUACAGUUGA